UACAUGCGUCGCUUAGCACGCUUGUGCACCUGUACGCGCGUUAGGGUCUGAGGAGUUCGCGUUUAUUUUUGGAAUAUUUGGAUCGGAAGCUUGGGAUUCGUUUCAUCCAUUAUUUUCAUAUACUUUGAUAGGUGUGGAAAGAUGUCGAUGAGCCGGGCAUGGAAGGAUCUCAAGUUGUCGCAACCAGUGAUGAGAGCUGUUCUGAAGCGUUUUGAGUACGAGUUAAUGACACCAGUGCAGGCAGCAUGCAUUCCUCAGUUCAUGAACUACAAGGAUGUUGCUGUUGAAGCUGUGACUGGAAGUGGAAAAACUGUAGCAUUCUUAGUGCCUCUACUGGAAAUCCUACUGAGCAAGUGUAUGGCAGUUCGGAAGCAUGAUGUGUAUGCAGUCAUCAUAUCUCCCACUCGAGAACUGGCCACCCAGAUCUGUGAAGUGUUGGACGUUUUCCUGCUAGAGCUGCCUCAGUUCUCUAGGCAGCUGUUCAUUGGUGGGACAAAUCCGGCCACGGAUGUUCAGAAGCUGAGUGAAGAGGGCAGCAACAUUAUCGUGGCCACCCCGGGCCGGUUUCACGAUCUUCUUGAGCGGCGCGAGUCGGGCGCGAGGCUGCAGGCAGCGCUCAGAUGCCUGGAGGUGUUGGUGCUGGACGAGGCCGACCGGCUCCUGGACCUGGGCUUCGAGCGGCAGCUGAAUGACAUCCUGAAUCGGCUGCCACGCCAGCGGCGCACGGGUCUCUUCUCGGCCACGCAGACGGACGAGGUGCAGAAGCUGGUCCGCGCCGGCCUGCGCAACCCCGUGGCCAUCACCGUCCGCGAGAAGCAAGGAGUUUCGAGAACACCACACCAGCUGGAGAACUUCUACAUGAUCUGUGAAGCGAAGCACAAACUCGGCACCCUGAUUGAGAUGCUGCGUGAGAAGGUGGCUUCAAAGGAGAAGGUUAUGGUGUUCUUCUCUACCUGUGCCAUGGUGGAAUAUCUUACGGUGGUCAUCAAAGAGCUAGUCAAGUGUCCUAAUGUUUUAAGCAUUCAUGGAAAAAUGAAGAGCAAGCGCUUCAAAAUAUUCGACAAGUUCCGAAAAAUGGAGUCAGGUGUGCUGCUGUGCACGGACGUGAUGGCACGCGGCGUGGACAUCCCGGACGUGCAGCUGGUGGUGCAGUACGACCCGCCGUCGGCCGCCGCGGCAUUCGUGCACCGGUGCGGCCGGACGGCGCGGAUCGGCCGGGAGGGCGCCGCGCUCGUCCUCCUGCUGCCCGCCGAGAUCACCUACGUCCAGUUCCUGCAGCUCAACCAGAAGGUGGCGCUGGCGGAGAUGGCGGCGCCACCGGAGCCGCCCCAGUUCACCGAUGAGCUGCGCCGACUGCAGACGGCCGACCGGGCCAACUACGACCGCGCCACACGGGCCUUCGUGUCCCUCGUGCAGGCGUACGCCAAGCACGAGUGCCGCCUCAUAUUCCAGCUGAAAGAGCUGCCGCUAGGCCAGCUGGCCACGGCCAUGGGCCUGCUGCAGAUGCCCAGGAUGCCGGAGCUCAAGGGGAAGACAGUGACGGACUUCACCCCUGCGGAUGUGGACCUUAACGCCAUACCGUAUGGAAAGACGCUGGACUCGCCAUCCAGCGGCACUGACAAGGACCAGCGCGAGGCGGCGCGCCAGGCCAAGCUGGCCGCUUACCGGCAGACGGGGGCCUGGCCCGGAGCCAAGCCGGCCAAGCCCAAGCCCUGGAGUGAGGCCAAGGCCAAAAAGGAGCAGCAGAAGCUGAAGAAGAAGAAGCGGCGCGAGGUCAAGGAGACGAAGAAGGCGAAGAAGAGGCGGCGAGAGGUGGACCAGGACGACUGGGACGAGAUGGCCAGCGAAGCCAGGACCCUUAAGAAGCUAAAGAAGGGAAAGAUGACCAAGCGGCAAUUUGACAAGUCGAUGGGCAUGGAAGACUGAUGACUUCCAGUACUUUGACCGCAAGUGUUCGGCUGUGAAGGAUGUUUUGUCUUGUUUUUAAAGUGGAGCCUCACGGUCUGCCCGGUGAUCAUGCGUGUCAUUGUUAAUGUGUUUGAUAUACACUCCGCUUCUUAUC